GGAAGAUGAAGUUUCUUAACCUGUCGGGUUGAAUAACUAUGAACUUGAGAGUUAUUAACAAAAUAAUCUCAGUGUUAUGAUUCACUUUAAAGACAAAUGUACAGAUUUGAAGAAUGUUGAUGUCAUCGAGUAAAAAAUUACAAUUAAAAGAAGAGAGUGCACUUGAAACAUCAGCUUUGGAAAUAGUUGCUAAUCUAAGAAAACGUUUCUGCAACAAUAAUAUUUUCUGCAAAUAAGAUAGAAAGGUACUUGCCCACACAAUAUUACAGUAUGUUAAAUAUGGAUGAAUCAUAGUAUAAUAUGAUGUAAGGAAACCUGAAAUGUGUACAAAUAUCUUAUUUUUCUCAGGAUCCCAAGAGAUUUAGUGACCUUUUUGCAGACGAUGCCAACCUGUUCUCUCCAAGAUAGUUUAUCAUCAAUGAAUAAACCCAAAAGACAUGUAGUUGAAACUUUAAUGACUUCUUCAUUAUAAAUAUGAAGUUUAAUUUGUUCCCUGUCCCUCGGCAGUCGGAGGGUCUCACCAAGGAGGUGGUGUCCAGCACGGAGACGCUGCACUCGUCUCGGUCGGAGAUCACGGAGCUGAAGAGGACGCUGCGGGGUCUGGAGAUCGAGCUGCAGGCGCAGCUCAGCAUGAGGUCCGGCCUGGAGUCCACCCUGGCCGAGACCCAGGGCCGCUACGCCAUGCAGGGCUACCAGAGCCAGGUGGUGGCCCUGGAGCAGCAGCUGGUGCAGCUGAGGGCCGACCUGGAGCGGCAGGGCCAGGAGUACCAGAUACUGCUGGACCUCAAGACUCGGUCGGAGAUGGAGAUCGCCGAGUACCGGAGACUGCUGGACGGGGAGGGCAGUGUCAGCGUCUCCUCCACCUCCGUCGCCGCCCGUUCCUCCGUCUCCACCUCCUCCGUCUCCACCUCCGUCACCUCCCCCACCUCCGUCACCACCAAGAAGCAGAUCGUCAUCAUCGAGGAGGUGGUGGACGGGAAGGUGGUGAGCUCCUCCACGGAGGAGGUCGUCAUGUGAGCUCCAGCAGGGGGCACUAUUGCAGGAAUAAACCCAAUAAAAGCUGUGAUGCUUCAGAGUUA